AUGAAACUGUCGAUACUGCUCUGCUUGGCAUUGGUGGCAUGCGUGCUUGGAUACUCGGAGAACCUUUCUCUGCGGCCUCUGUCGCAGAAGUAUCUUCACGCCUCGUUCGAAUUCGAGGCUGAGUCCGAACCCUUCAACACCCACCCGGUCGCUCAUCACGACGAGUUCCCCCGAAUUCUCUCACAGAUCAUCACCCAGAGCGACGCGCGCGAAAUCCACUUGCGGUUUGCCCAGGGAUUUUGGGACGCCGAAGAAUGGGGCGUUCUCCCACACAAUGGAGCGUUUGCUGGCGGAACAGGAAUCGAGGCUUGGGCCUGGAUCGAGGCCUCAUCCAAACAGGAAGCCAAGAAGAAGUGGUUCGGACUGGUCAACUCGCUGUCUGGACUUUUCUGCGCCUCGCUGAACUUCAUUGACUCGGCCCACACAGUGGAGCCUCAGUUCACCUUUAAACAAUCAUCCACAGGUUCCAACGGAGCGAACGAAACCACAGCAUACCUGUUCUCGGGCGCGCUUCCUGCUGAACCUGUCUGCACCGAAAACCUCACUCCUUUCAUUCGACUGCUCCCUUGCAAGGGUAAGGCUGGAAUCUCUUCUCUUCUUGACGGACACAAGAUCUUCGACUCCCAGUGGCAAGGUAUGGCCAUUGACGUUCAUCGAGAAUGCACCGAUGAGGAAGCCUGCAAGAUGGUGCUCAAGCAGACUGUAGAUGCCGUGGUCGAUGUUCCUCGUCAAUUAAGACGAAACAAGCACCCUAUCCCCGUACCUCUUUACGGAACCGACUUCAGAUGUGACACCUCCAAGCCCUAUGCUAACGACUACAUCUGUUUCCCUCUCGGUGACCCUACCGAGGUGUCCUGGAGUAUCCGGGAGAUCUUCGGGCGGCCUAUUGAGGGAGCCUGUAGAAUCGGACAGGGCUCCGUCAACCUGGACGUCCCUGACGGAUGGAAGCUGCAGAGCAAGUCUGGUGAGGACGGUGAGAUUCUGGACACCUAUCCUACACUGUCUUUGGCUAACACUGACUCUCUGGACAUCAUUCUGUCGUCCGAUAACGCCACCCAUGUGUCCCCUGUGUCGUCUCCUCCUGUGUUUGCCCAGCGGUCUUUCUCUGGCCACGGACAACAACGAGGAGGUGUUCGAACCGCCUUCACCAACCCUUCUUCCGAGCCCGUCACCUUCAUCUACUCGGAAACUCUGCCCUGGUUCAUGCGGUUCUACUUCCACACCAUGAAGCUCAAGAAUGUGGAUGAGUUUGGAGAAGAGUCCGAGGGCACGUUUGAGGUGCUACAAUACUCCAAGUCUGUGGACCGAAAGAAACCCACGCACUUUGAGCUCAAGAUGACUAUCCCAGCUCGUUAUUCCGCUACUCUGGGCUACGACUUUGACAAGUCCAUGCUAUAUCUCGCUGAAUACCCUCCAGAUGCCAACCACGGGUUCUCCAUUCCCCCCGGUGUGCUCACCGUUGUAGACUCCAAUGGUACCCAUACCAUGAGCACUCGAACUACAGCCCUGAUUCUGUCUUUGCCUACUCCUGAUUUCUCCAUGCCCUACAACGUCAUCAUUCUGACUUCCACGGUGAUUGCGUUGGCGUUCGGCUCAGUCUUUUCGCUGCUGCUUAAGCGAGUGCUGUCUCAGGAGCAGGCCGACUACUUGUCUUCUCAGACUCCUCUGAAGAAGCUGCUGGCCAAGUUCAAGAGAAAAAAAGUGACCAAGGAGAAGAAGAACCAGUAG